CAAAGUUUGAAAAUGCCUCGUAAAAAUAGGAACAACAAAAACCAAGGGCAAAGCCCCAACAAAACUCACCAAAGGCAAGAAUCUAACAGGGCUGAGCUCCACAGCAGACCAGAGUUUACAGUUUACAUAGAUGAAGAUGAACGAGCGCAGAUUGAGAAAUGGGUUGAAUUAAAAGACAAUAUCGAAACGGGAGGAGACCUGUUCGGUCUGUGGGUAAAUAGCUAUACAGCUGUUGUCCAGUUUGUGUUGGGUCCGGGGCAGAAUUGCAACCGAACUAGAGUAUCGUUUUACCAAGAUAUAGAGUAUUUGAGAGAAGCAGGCAACUAUCUGACACAGCAACAUGGUUUGUGCAACAUUGGUCAAUGGCAUAGCCACCACAGGCUUAGUCUAACUCGACCAAGCGGCGGAGACGAAAACACCGUCUGGGGAAACAUGCCUAACCUUGGUUUGAAUCGAUAUAUCGUGUUUAUUGCUACCAUUAACGGUUGUGGUAGAAACACGAAAGUCCGCAUUAACCCGUAUUUGUUCGAAAUCAACCAAAGAGGCGCUCAGUUGCCAGUCGCGAGCGGAACAUUGAAGGUUUUGGAAAGACAAACAUCGCCAUUUCGUUGCAAUAAAGUUAUUGCUGAUUUCAUAAAGAAUGGUCGAGAAAAUGUGAACGUUGAAACCACCAAGGAAACGCCGAAAAGGAAGAAGAAGGAUUACAUCUCAAAGCGGGAAAUAUUUCUGAAGCCAAAAUUUCAGAAAAUUGAACUUAUAAUUACACCUAAUGACAUGGCUAAUACAUUUUAUAAACCUUAA